AUGCAUUUCCAACGCGUGGGUGAUGCUUCCGAUAGAGCCGAUCUAUCGCCUUCCAAUGGUAAUCAACUUUGUUUAACAACAGAAUGGAAGGAAGACAUCCUUUUGAAUGACCCUGAUAUUAUUCGACAGCGGCUAAGAAGACCGGUGGAGGCAGACCUGAAGGCCAUCGAGGUUGAGCUAAAUCGCGCAACUUAUCAUUUUGUGCACCAGGCCCUGGUAGCUCUGAAAAACGUUGAUAUUGUGAAUAUUCUGCCUUGUUAUCGAACUCAAUGGAUGCAGGACCUUGAGGAGAAAGCUUCGCAGGGUCAACUUGCACCACGCAGCGCCCGAUGGGCAACCGCCAGCGACGGAGUUAAACAAAUGCUCUUCGAUCGUGCUGCCGCUCGGAGUGCGAACGGAAAGCUCCUCUGUUCUCUUGGUGGUAAUUUAUAUGCAUUGCUCCGAGGUCAGAUGAAUUCCUCGGAGGCCGCCGGGGAUACUACUGCAGUUUUAAGCACCUUUCUGGAAAAUAUGCUGCAUAAAGCCGCGGCUCUCAAGCAGCUCGCCUGGAUCGUGGAUCUCCAUGCCCAUCACAAUCCCCGUGUCAAAGUUUUGGAAUUUGGGACCAGCCCUGGGGAAUGUGUUGAGUCGGCGAUGCAAUAUCUGACAAAAUAUGGAGCAGAUGUGGCAUCUCCUUGGUUGAGCAAAUACACAGUGACAGGUCGGUCCUCCGAUGGCAUGGCUGCUGAGAGGGUCUCUGCAUUUGCGCCCCUGGUUCAUUAUCAAUCCUUGGAUUUGGAACAAGAUAUCACUCUUCAAGGGCUUGAACUUGGAUCAUAUGAAAUUUUCAUUACACCGUUGCUCUCCUAUGAGGCUAAAGACCUUCGUGCAGCGUUGGAAAAUUCCCGCCGGGUGUUGAAAGAUGGAGGCAAAUUGAUCAUUAUCGAAAGGUUACGAGAGACUCUUGAUGCAACUUUAAUUCUCGGAAUUUUGUCACAACGGUGGAAUUCAAGUAUUCCUAUGGCCAGAUGGGAGCAGAUACUCUGUGAGACUGGCUUCUCCGAAAUCGAUUUGGAGGUUCCUGAGUGCAGCGACGAAGAGGAACAGUGCUUCAGUGUGAUUGUAACUACUGCUGCGGCAGCCUCCAAAAAUUCCACCCAAUCUGGCUUUAACAGUAACAUCUCCGUGGUGUGCUCAGAGAAACCACCACCUAAGGAGUGGACUGGAAGCCUCAUCACUGCGCUUUCUUGCUCGACAGAUGCGGCUGUAGCUUUGGAGCAGCUUCAUGAAAUUGACCCCCAAGAAAAGGUGAUUGUAUUUGUCACGGAGAUGCUCACUCCCUUCAUUCGUCGAAUGAACGAAAAGGAUUUCACUGCUGUUAAAACGAUAUUUUUUAAGGCCGAAGGCAUCGUGUGGGUAACACGGUAA